AGUUAUCUCCCCUUACCCGGAAGUGGGUUUGAUUCUGUUGCUAAAAUCGUUUGAAUUUAUAAACAUGCCAUUUAAACACGCCGAUGAUGGUAACAUCACUGUGAUCAUUUGCUGAUAACAUAACAAAAUGUCAGCCGAUAUGAUAUGAGUGCGAAAAAUAAUAUGGCGAAAUAAACAGAAUGGCACCACAACCACUUGUCACAGGUGUCUCACCGAAGGAAGGACCCCCAGGGACACGGGUCACAAUUAGAGGUGAAAAUCUUGGCAAUGAUCCAAGGGAUCUUAUAGGUUUAAAGAUUUGUGGUGUAGAUUGUUUGCUGUCAGCAGAAUGGAAGUCUAGCAGUAAAAUAAUUGCCCGAACCGGAUCUGGAAAAGGGAAAGGUGACAUUACUGUUUGUACCAAGUCUGGUGGAGUUGGGAGCUGUACUGUUGGAUUUAGGGGCUUCUUCAUACAAAUCGGUCCUUUACAAGAAUCAGCUGUUUGGAUUGAUGAAACACAGACUGUUCUUAAUCAGCUUGGUCGCCGUGGCAACACAUCUCCUUUGGCGGGAAAAGAUGAUGACGACCCACUAGGAAUUUCAAAUGAAGGAACGAGGGCAAAGUCUGAAGAGGAGAUGCUUGAACUCUUUCCAGAGUGUUCUGGUAACAUGUCUCUGGAGAAUUUCUCACCUGCCUGGUACCUGUUGGAAACACAUCAAAUGGCCAGUUUUGAUGACCUGAAGUUAGGCUUGAACAAUAUGCGUUUGAGUGCAAGAACCAGAUCAGAGGGACCAAUAGCAUUUGUAAAGACAAACAUUGGAGCUAUAUUGGACUGCCUUGACAGCUUAGAAACAAUGUAUGAGAAGUUUACCGAGGAUGAUAUUCAGAGAGAAUGUAUCAGUUCAUACGCAGUAUCUCUGAUGCAGGCUAAAUCUUGUGCUGAUGGGUUAUUUCAAGAUGUAUUGGGACGUAAAGACAAAGCUGAUGCUACAAGAAAUGCUCUCAAUGUUUUACAGAGGUUUAAAUUUCUCUUCUAUCUACCACUCAAUAUAGAGAGAAACAUUCAGAAGGGAGAUUACAAUCUGGUGAUCAAUGACUAUGUUAGAGCUAGAUCACUCUUUGCAGAAACACAAGUCAAAGUUUUCCAGACAGUAUACAAAGAAGUAGAGGAGAGAGUUCAUGCUUUCAGAGACAUGUUACAUGCCAAAUUGCUGAAACUUCCCAACACACUGGAAGAACAGAAGAGAGUCAUCAGAUACCUAACUCAUUUAGAGUGUAAAGGGGAUCCAGCGUGGGAAUGUAUACAGAACCAGCAGCAGUGGUUUACAGCGUUACUCACAGAGUGUAAGGAACAUCACAUCAGUGAACCAGAUGAAUCUAGUCAAAGAAACUCUUCAAAUACUGCCCAGGUGCUAUACACUAGAGGUUCAAGAAACUCGGCCUAUCUGGGAGAAGGAGGUUGGAAGUUCAAGACCCCACAGAAAGUUUUAUUUGUAGAGGAGUUGACUGAGAUUAUGACAAAUAAUUUUCCAGAGUUUUGGAAACUUGGACAGGCUUACAUUGCUGGUUCCCUUACUGUCAAAGAGGAAGGAAAACCAAGUAAGCCAGAUCAAACCAAAUAUAACACAUUUAAGCAAAUGGUGUCUUCAACUAUAAAAUAUUUCUCAAAUAUUGUAAGAGCGGCAUUUCUUCCUAAGUCAUUGGAGAAUGUUCCAGAGGAAGGCUUGCAAGAGUAUGGAAUGUGGCCAGAGAGUAAGAAGGAUAUUCCAGGAGCCUGGCUGCCCCAUUGUGUCAGAUAUGUGAGAUCAUGUGCAUCCUCCCUGUGCAGCUUGGAUUUACCCAGUGACAGCCAGGAGCUGAUCCAGGAGUUAGCUUUUGAUAUGAGAACCAACUGUAUGUUCACCAUGCUCCAGCAAGCUAUCAGUGAUGUUCGUUGUCUCCACACAAAGGAGACUUGGGUUGUUGAAUUGGAUGAUGAAUUUGGUGGUACAACACAACUACCAGCCCUGUUUGAGAACAUUGUUAAUGAAGCCAUUCAACAUUUGCAUGAAGUUGUUGUGCAGAAUAAACUGGGAGAACCUGAGAUAUUUAGUCAAAGAACAGUGCAGAAAGAAGCUACUAGUCUGUGUACAAGAUUACUUGAAGCCUUUGCUCCGUGUCUAGAGCAGCUUGCCUUCUCGGAAAAUGAUCACGACACAAAACUAUCACCAGACAACAGUUUCAGUCAUGAUGGAGAUAAGCACAUGCUGGAGUCAAGGUCACAUGAGGAUCAUAUACCAUCAAAGGAUAAGAAGUUGAUUAUAAUGUUGAGUAAUUGUAACCAUACAAAAGGACAUCUGAUACCUAGACUUGUGGAGAACCUCAAUAAACAUGGCUAUGUUGAAAUGAAUAAAGUCUUACAGGCUAGUCAAGGCACGUAUAAUAAGUUAGAUCAGAAAUUAUUUGAAGCUUAUAUCGAGGAGAAAUCUAACCCGAUAGUGGGUGCCAUGGAGCCAAAUAUGUAUAGGGGGCAUUUUGACUGGAGGCAUUGUCGAUCACCAACAGAUGUACGGAAUUACCUGAAGGAAGUUGUAAUGGGAAUGAUUGAAGUACAUGCAGAGGUCUACUCAAUUUCUCCUGCAUUUAUCUCUCGUGUUAUGACAAAGAUCGUGGAUGCUGUGGUUGAAGAAUUGUCUCGGUUGAUACAGUGUGUUCCUGAGUUUGGUACUAAUGGAAUACUUCAGGCUCGGCUAGAGAUUCUUUGCCUUCAACACACAGUACAACUUUAUAAUUCUAAUAUAACUGUAACAAAUUUUAAAGAAGCUCUGGAUCAUUUACCUGAUUUACCACAAGGAGAAAAAAGGAAAGUUGAAGAGUUGAUAAACAAGUUUAAAUCUCAAAUGAAGUUCCAACUUAUGUGUUUCACCAGCGAAACAUCAACUGCAUAGCAAUGUCUUAUGUGAUUUUUAUGGGAAUCAUAAACUACUGUAGGAAUGUCUUACAUGUUUCACUUGUGAAACAUCAACUGUUAAGGAAUGUCAUAUGUAAUUUCCAUUGAAACAUCAACUAUGUAAGAAUGUCAUAUGUGAUUUUCCAGUGAAAUAGCAACUGUGUAGGAAUGUCUUGUGAUAGACCAGUGAUAAAAUGAAUUUUUUUGUAAUGGCUUGUGUGUUAUAAUUACUAAACAUCAACAGUAUAGCCACGAUUUUAGUGAAUUAGCAAAUUAACUUGCAAUACAUUUCUUCUAAAACAUCUGCCUAUCAACAGCUAGGUAUUGUCCUUGUCAGAAGUUCGUUUCUCGUGUCAUUUGUAUGCUGAUACAGCCAAAACUUUUCUUUUCCAGCAAACAUGAUUUUGUUUUUAAUCACAGUCACUCUUAUCUAUAGACCUUCAUUUUGGAACAACCUACAUUUGUAUGUAUUAAUAAAGUACAAAUGAUUUUAUAGUAAACUUGAAAAAACCCUUUGUAGAAAGGCAGUAAUGGCAGUACAAUAAGGCACCCUACACUUCCUUUAAAUAUGUCUACUGGCUGUUUCAAAAAUUGUUACAAUUAUAGCUUACAUAAUUUCAUGUGCUGUAGUUGUAUUUAAUGAUAAGUGCAAUAUUUGUUGAAUGUGUUUAAUAUAAUGCUUGUAUCACUUUGAUCAAGACUGAUCAAUGAUUAUUGUAAUAUUUAUUAUAUGUUAGUAUGGAAUUUGUACUAAAUGUUUAAAUAAAUCUUUAACAUAUAAUCA